AUGAGGAUUGAUUGGUUGUUUGCAAUACUGAUUUCACAUUUAUUUUACUAUGUUGAAUGUGAAGCUUUUACAAGUAAUACUCAAGCUCAUUUUAGUUCCUUAAAAGACCCUUGGGAUUCGGAUGAAAUAAAAAAAAUAAGGAUAGCUAAGGCUCCAAAACUUCAUUUGACUUAUGUUACUGAGCAAGACCCUUACACUGACCCUGAUACGGGUGAGUUACUGAUAGAUCUUCCGGUGGAUUAUGUCAAAAGUCAUCAAGAAGAAGCUUAUAAACAGGAAUGGGAAUAUCUUUCUCCAGAUCAGCUCAAAUAUUAUAGUUUGGUUGAGCAAUCUAGUACUGAAUUCAAUAACCCUAAUGCAACGUAUGCCCUAUACCGAAUGCAUAUGUAUGGUGAUUAUGGUAUCCCUCAUAAUAAGACGUUAGCUUGGCGCUAUUUAAGGAAAUUUAACGAAUUGAGCAAGGGUUCUAAUGCGACUGCUUUAUUUGAUACUGCUAUAGUCUAUCUUACGGGCCUCCUUGGAGAUAUCCCUGUAAAUACUGUGAAAGGCUUGAUUUAUUUGAGAAAGGCGAGCGCCCUAGGAGAAGAUAGGGCAAAGCAGGCUCUUGGCUAUCGAUUUAUCGUGGGUCAUAAUGUCCCCCGCAAUCCUAAUAAGGCCCUGAUACUAUACAGUGAUCUUGCCCAUAGAUUGUAUAAGAGCCGCCCCGCUGAAUAUUGGAAUUUCUAUGAUGGAAUGCAACACAUGUACAACGUCAGGCUUCCUGAUUUCUAUGGUGGUCUACUGGGAAGGAACUUGACCCAAACUCCUAUGAGUGUAAAGGACAGAAAGAAUUACCCAUGGCUAAGUCUCAAGUACUUCUUUUCCUCCCCCGCAAAACCUGACUACAUCUAUUAUACUGAAGACGAAAUGGACGUGUGUGAGCUUACAUAUUUGGCUUUCACCAACUUCGUUUCAACCUACACGCAAAAGAACGACUAUGAGGCUUCGAUGAGAAUACUGACCAAGUUGUAUGAGACAUACGACAAUCAAGUUGACUCAUUGGAAUUGCCAAUGAGGGGUUGCUAUUGCCGAGCAGUGGAGUUGUUGGGCUACAUGUGGCUGAAGGGUUAUGGUAUUGAGAAAGCCGACCUAAGUAAGGCCGAAAAAUACCUGAAACGUGCCAUUGAACUUGUAUAUGGAACGGAAAGAACAGCAAUUUCUGCUGCUUUCCAUUUAGGUACAAUUCAGCAGUAUGUGUAUAAGAAUUUCACGGAAGCAGAAAAGUGGUUCCAUGCUUCACUUGGUUCUUCCAAGCAAGAUACACAAUCCAAAAAGCCUGAGGUUGAGAUUGACAACGAAACCAAAUACGCAGACCUAUUUCUAAAGAGAUCAUAUUUGUCGCCGUUCUUCAGAAGUGGCAGAAAUGUCGAAGCUGUACCCAGUAUUGGCCAUUUAUCCUAUGAGCUCCCUAUAAAUUUCUACAAAAAGUUUCUGGAGAUUAACGAGGAGUUCCUAGCACCGGACUUGGAGACCGCUUUCAUGAAUAUCCUUCAGGAAAACUUUGAGCCUGCACUUUGGCAGUAUGCCCAGGCCGCUGAGCAGGGUUUUGAAAGAGCGAUGGUAUCUGCUGCCUAUCUGAUUUACCGACCACCCUCUAUGUUUCAGCGCUUUCCAGACAUUCCAGUUGAACGACUAAAACUGUCUUUAUCCUACUACCAACGUGCAAUUAGUUUUUCUAACUUUGAUGCCGGCGUCAGAGCCGGUGAUAUAUAUUAUAAACUUGGCGACUAUCGGAAAGCUGGUAAACUAUAUCACAGUACAGCCAUGUACUCAUCAUACCAAAGUAUGUGGAACUUAGCAUACAUGUACCAACAUGGUAUAGGGUUUGAACAAGAUUUUUUCUUGUCCAAGAAGUAUUACGAACUAUCUACCGAGCGCUUUCCACUGUUGUAUUUAUUAGUAAAGCCUGUAACCUGGCAUUUAAUGUUCAAAUCAUGGUUAAAGAAUAACAAGUGGAUACAAAGAUUCAGCAGCUAG